AUGCACAUUGACCUUCUGCAGGAGUCGCGGUCCAACAUCCACAAGGUGAACACGCGGCUGACGGAGAUCCGCCGCGUGGCCUACAAGCUGUCCAACACCUUCAUGGACAGCGUCGAGAUCAUCCGCAAGCAGACCCAGGGUAAGGACUGCCAGGAGCUCAUCCAGACGUGCUUCAUCUUCGCCACCGAGUUCGGCCAGCGCUCGCUGCUGUACAUGGACAGCAACCGGCGGCAGAUGAACAACCUCAAGCUGACCAAGCUGGCGCUGGACUGGGUCAGCUUCAUCUGCGACGACUGCGUCGCCUCGGACCGGCGCACGUUCCGCUGGGCGGUGCUGGCCCUCGAGUUCGCCAUGGGCAUGACGCGCGGCCGGCACAUCCUGGCCCUGGGCGAGGAGGAGUACGAGCGGAUCCGCGCAAAGCGCCGGGCGCUGGGCCGCGUGCUCGAGACCAACAACGAGGCCGACCGGUCGCUGGCCUACCUCUCGGCGUCGGCCACCAACGUCACGGUGCGGUGGCAGCAGGGCCAGUUUGUGGGCGGGGGGACCUUUGGCAACGUGUACGCCGCUAUGAACCUGGACACGGGCCAUCUGAUGGCCGUCAAGGAGAUUCGGCUGCAGGACCCCAAGCUGAUCCCGACGAUUGCCGAGUCGAUCCGCGAGGAGAUGCGCGUGCUCGAGGUCCUCGACCACCCCAACGUGGUGUCUUACCACGGCAUCGAGGUCCACCGCGACCGCGUCUACAUCUUUAUGGAGUUUUGCUCCGGCGGCUCGCUCGCUAACUUGCUCGAACACGGCCGCAUCGAGGAGGAGGAGGUCAUUAUGGUGUAUGCGCUGCAGCUGCUGGAGGGUUUGGCCUAUCUGCACGAGAGCGGCAUUGCCCAUCGCGAUAUCAAGCCAGAGAACAUUCUCCUGGAUCACAACGGCAUCAUCAAGUACGUCGACUUUGGCGCCGCCAAGCUCAUUGCUCGUCAGGGGCGAACAAUGGCCGCGGACCUCCACGCCACGAAGCCCAACAAGUCCAUGACGGGCACGCCCAUGUACAUGUCGCCCGAGGUCAUCAAGGGCGAGAACCCCGGUAAGGCCGGGGCUGUGGACAUUUGGUCGCUGGGGUGCGUCAUCCUCGAGAUGGCGACGGGCCGGCGGCCGUGGGCCAACCUGGACAACGAAUGGGCCAUCAUGUACAACAUUGCGCAGGGCAACCCGCCGCAGCUGCCGACG